CAUUGCAUCAUGUCUUGGAGAUCCAAAGGCUCCGGUAAAGUAUUAUUACCGUUUGGACUAGAUUAUUCUGAUGUGUUGUCAACUGAUUUAUCCAAAGAAAAGCCCACGCUACUAUUGCCAAUUCAUGGAGCAUUAAGUGAAUCGGAAAAAUCAAUAGCGAAACACCUGAUUGCAUUUUCAAAUUUAUUACUAAACGGGCCAUUCUAUACUGGGUCUUCGACAGAUCCUACUACUGAGCAGUCGACGACUGCCCCUGACGGGAUACAAAGACAUUCAGAUAAAUAUAAAAAAAUCAAGAAGAUCGGUCGGACAAUUGAAGAACAUCCAUAUCAAUUAGAACUAUUCCCAGACGAAUUGUAUUCAGUUAUGGGUAUAUCUAAUAAACAGAAGAAGAAGUUGUUGUCAUUAUCGUCAUACAAAGCCGACGGUGGGUUGAAGGAGUUUAAUGUUAAUCAACCUGAGGAUCAAACUGAAUCGAUGUUGGAAAAAUUGAAGAGUAUGGCUGAAACAUUAGAUGCUGAUCCAAAUUCUAAUCAACAAAACGAAGAAUUGGAAGAAGAGGAUGACGCAGAGGAUGAUUUUGAUGAUGAUGACGAUGACGAUGAUUAUAAUGCUGAAAAAUACUUCGAUGAUGGUGAAGACGACAUGAAUGAUGAACCUGAUGAUGAGGCUGCAUUUUAA